AUCGUCAAUAUGCGUUUCGGGUUUUUGGUCUUAGCGGCACUUCCCGCCGUCUACGCAUUGGAAACUGGCAAGACUUAUACAACCCUGGAAGUAUCAAAGGACGGGAGUUGCGGGGGCUCCACGGGAUACACGUGCCUUGGUUCUUCAUUCGGAAGCUGUUGCAAUAAGGAUGGGUGGUGCGGAAGUUCCAAAGAUUGCUGUGGAACAGGCUGCAACCCUCUUUUCGGGUCUUGUUCCAGUUUAGCUUCAUCAAGCACCAAACAACCUACUUCCUUAUCAACUCUCUUAACGUCGACUCGCACUUCUUCUACUGCGCCGUCUUCCUUGUCCUCUUCAGCACCUACCUCUGCUCCGCAGUCUUGUGAGCCCGUCACUUUGACUGUACCAAGCUGCGCGUUCACACCUACGAUCACUAUAACCGGACAGGGAUCAGCUUCUACCAUCAUCCAGACAACAACUUUGACUCUGGCUGGCAACAAUGCAACUGCUGUAAUUACAAGUACCAUAGUUGAUAAGACUACGGUCACAAUUCCUGCUACUAUAACGCUUUCUGGACAAGAUAUUCCUGUUCCGACUACGACUACAACUACAACUACGGUCACACUUCCUGGAGAUGAGAGCGUGAUUACAGUAACUGUGCCUGGGGAGACUCCAGCACCUAUUACUAGCACACUUACCGCCACGACAACAACUUCAUUGACAAUUCCUGGGGACGAGAUUUCUAUUACAGUUACCGUUCCCGGUGAAACUCCAUCACCAAUCAUCAGUACAAUCACCAUUACGGCAACAACCGCAGUCACGUUGCCCGGAGAAGAUAUUCCUAUUACAAUCACCAUCCCAGGCGAAACGCCAGCUCCUGUCACUAGAUUGACCACAGUCACGCUGCCCGGUGACGACAUUUCCAUUACAGUUACCAUACCAGGGGAAACCCCAGCACCUAUCACCAGCACAGUCACCUCCACAACAACAAUUGCGUCCUGCGCACCUCCAAACCCCUCUGUAACACAAGCCGUUGUCAAUCCUGGGUUCGAGACUUCAGAAGCCUGGAGCCUUAACGGAGGAAUGGGCGCAUUCCAAUACGUCAACGGAAACCAAAACUCAGGCUCUCGCGCACUUAUGUUCUCCACAUCUCUACCUUUUGACCAAAUGUACUCUCUAUCACAAACAGUCACCCUCUAUCCCGGUGCCGUAUAUCGCCUUAACUAUUACGCAAAAUCCAAUGUCUCCAAUAACUGUGUAGUACGGGCAACCUUGGGCUCUACAUCCAUUGUCGCCGCAAAUUCGGUGUUGGGGACUUCGUAUGCGCUGAGAACAGGGGUUUACUAUCCGGUGGCUGGCGUGACUUCUGCAGUCUUGACCAUUGUGGGUAGUUGUGCGCAGGCUUCGGGGCAAGUAAGGUCUGUCUUCUUUGAUGAUGUUACGUUGACCAUUGAGGGGUUUUACACUCCAAGUGGCUAA